AUGGCUGAGCUUUAUCCUGAUCUCAAAGAUCGACCAGUCAAAGAGACAGUAUGCUUGUUUGAUGUUGAUGACACUCUCACUCCAGCAAGAAAGUCUGUGUCAGCUGAAAUGCUGAAGCUACUCUCUGCACUCCGACACAAGUGCGCAAUUGGAUAUAUUUCGGGUAGUGACCUGCCAAAACAACAAGAACAGUUGGGCACACCCUCUCUUCCCGUGACCACGCUUUUUGAUUUCUGCUUCGCCGAGAACGGCUUGACCGCUUUUCGUUUGGGCCAAUCUCUACCUUCGAACUCUUUUAUCCAAUGGCUCGGAGAAGAGAAAUAUCAAAAACUUGUCAAAUUCUGUCUACGAUACAUCUCUGGAUUGGAAGGUUUGCCAGCAAUGCGGGGGACAUUUGUGGAGUUUCGGACCGGGAUGAUCAAUGUCAGCCCUGUUGGCAGGAAUGCAAGUUCGAAGGAACGAGACGAAUUCAACAAAUGGGACAAGGAGAGUGGGUGCCGAAAAAAGAUGGUGGAAGCACUACGAAAGGAGUUUCCCGACCUGGGCUUGACAUUUUCCAUUGGUGGCCAGAUUUCAUUUGAUGUAUUUCCGCAAGGGUGGGACAAGACAUAUUGUCUGCAGCAUCUGGAAGCAGAGGCAGACACGAAGAAGGGUCUCUCUGGUAUUAACUACAAAACGAUUCACUUCUUUGGCGACAUGACUUCUCAAGGUGGGAACGAUUACGAGAUCUUCUCAGAUCCGAGGACGACAGGGCACACUGUGAAGGGACCAGAAGAUACCAUGAAGGUCUUGAAGGAGCUCUUUGACCUGUGA